AGAUCUGUCUCUGAUGUCUCAGGUGAAAUCCUAUUUCUGCAAAGCCCUUUCGGAUUUAGACAGCUACCUCUAGAGUAGCCUGAUCACCAUGUCUAUGUUGAAACUCGAUGUGAUAGCCAUGGUUCUUUCUAUUCUUUCCCAGCCGAUCGUGUGAUCUAUAGAUCAGACGAUCAAUAGAUCUGGUUGAUCUUACAUAGAUCGCAAUGUUUUCGAAGUGGAAAAUGUCUAUUACCAGCAGAUUUGUAUUUGCAGAUUCAGAAGCAAAUAGAUUCCCUGCAUGCUUUGGUUUUAGUAUUUGUACCAUUCUCCAGUUUUGGUACUUAGAAGCUGGAAGCUUUCAUGAAGCCAUUGAGUGGGUCCAUCUCGAAGUGGAACCCAUGUGGUGGUGGUUCGCCUAUAGGCUGAUGGUGAUGGACAACAACGUGCCCAUCGAUACGAUGUUUCGUUACAAUUUUUAGGUCUCCAUAUUGAGAGUUGGACACCCAAAUAUUUACGGAGAAGGCUUUUGAAUGGUAUCGACAGUGUUCUCAGGCGAAGAUUGUAGAACAUUCAGGGACUAUGGAACUUUCAAAUAUGUCCUCAAUUCUCGAACAGCACAAGGAAAACGUUGAUUGUGAGAUGACAGAAUCUCUAGUCAAUCUUGAUCAUUACAUGGCGUUAUCUGCGAUUCAACAAGUCUCCUACAACUGCUCAAGCCUUUCAGCCCUAGUAAAGGACCAUAACUAUUCUCCGACGUCAAAUUUGGAGAGUAUAGAUGUGAAUCAACUAUCACCUGACAGUGACAACUCAGAUUACUUGGAGCCAUCCAACAUGAGCAGUAGCAUGUUGAUGGAAAUGCAAGAAUUAUGGCCAAAUUAUGGAAAUUUUUCAACCGGACUUUCUGUCCAGUCACCGCAGUGUCUGGCUCCAUGGGAGCCAAUAUUCAAUCCAGCACCACCUCAGGAACUCGUAAGUGAGAAUUUAGUUCAUUUAACAAACGUGAGUCAGACAGUGCCAACCCUAUCAUUCGAUGGGAAGAUGGGUACCAGCGAAAACCUUCUCCAAACGGGGAAUGAUGUCAUAAUUCAAAACUCAUCAUUUCCAACAGCAUCACAGGCGAACUUGGUUGGGACUGCUAUCAGGAUACCAGAUGAGAACAGGUUUGUGAGGAGCUCCACAAUCCUACCAGCAGCAGCAUCGUUGGUAGAAAAUCGAGGCAGCAACACGUUUCCUGAAGCGUCAGAUUUGAGACCGCUGAGUAAGCAGACUCGCACGUCACCUUAUCCAUCAUCAGAGGAGAAGAGGGCUGUGCAUUUGGUCCAACUUGUAAAUGCUAACCAAUCAAAGAUGCACACUCCACCAUCACAUAGUGCGGGGUGGAAAAGGCCUCAACACGUAUACUCUUCUCUUGGCCUCGACGGAACUUCAGCCCCAAGUUCAGAAAUGAUGGAUUCCGCCUCACCCUUUUUGCUUCCGAACCCGAAGAUCCGUGGUGAUUUUUCAAAAGGAACUCUGGGACAAGCACCAUGCAUGAGUGGCGAGAAGGGGAAGGAAGCCACCUCUUCGUCCAAACCAACUAAACCUCCGGAAUAUCUGGUAGGGAAUAUGGACGGAUACGGCAAUCCGAUGGCGAAGAAUAACAAACUGAAGGAGAAGACCACGCAAAAGAAACCAGAUGCUUCGAUUAAAUGCAGAUCCCGUUCACGACCCGGCGUUUACACAAAUCCACGGAGCAUCAUAGAGAAGACCAGAAGGCAGCGCAUCACCGAGAAGUUGAGAGAACUCCAGGAACUGGUACAUUCAGUAAAACCAGACAAUACUGUCUACAUGUUGGACCAGGUUAUAAAUUACGUUGAGGGCCUCGAAAAUCAGAUACAGGUUCUAUUAAUUCAAAAGGGUGAAUAUUGGAAUAUGGACUUCAGUUCCAUGUUUCAAAGCGCUUCUGAUGAAAGUGAGCUGCUGAAGUCUGGCUCGUUCGAACGUGGAUAACAUUAUAAAAAAGUUCUUCUCUAGGAUAGAAGUUGCGUUGUUGAUCUGGUUCCUUAGAAUGGGCCAGGUUGCAGGAAUUCAUGAUGAGGCAGUUACUUAUGCAGGGACAGACGAGGCUACUAGAUAUUUUCAGACAUUACAGGAAAAUUAUAUAUUGAGAUUUCGUGAAAUUAUGACUUCGUUUCCAGCAAAUGCAGCCCAAGUGAAGGUGCAAAUAGAUGUGGAAACUGCAGUUGAAGACAGACUGCAAUUUCCUUCCAAGUGCAAUAUGCACUAUGUUUUCGAGUUGUUAUUGGGCUUUGAGCCCUCAUUCCAAUAGAGUCCAAAUUAAUAUCAAA